UCUUCCCCUCUUUAAUUAGGAAGGUAAUGGGUGGCAACUCACCUUGCGCCUCAUGCAAGCUGCUGAGGAGGCGCUGCACCAAGGACUGUAUCUUUGCUCCCUAUUUCCCCUCCGACGAUCCCCACAAGUUUGCGAUCGUCCACAAAGUGUUCGGUGCUAGCAACGUUAGCAAGAUGCUGCAGGAGCUUCCGGCUCAUCAAAGGGCAGACGCAGUGAGCAGCCUUGUGUAUGAGGCCACUGCGAGGAUGAGGGAUCCAGUGUAUGGGUGUGUUGGGGCCAUCUCUUACCUGCAGAAUCAGGUGUCGCAGCUGCAGAUGCAGCUUGCAGUGGCGCAAACUGAGAUCCUCUGUAUCCAAAUGCAGCAAGAGCCACCCACCUUGGCCAGCGACCAACAGAUGGUGGACGCCGAUCAUAACAAUCCUUUUGUUGUUAACGACAAUCUUGGUGCCGUGCCUCAGAUGAUGAACUUUGGCUCCUCCUCCUCAUCCUCCGGCAACAUUGCGCAGGAUCCUCUUAAGAGAGAAUUUCUUUGGGCAUAA